AAUUAGCCCUCAUUUAAAGGUUUUGUUUGUUCCUUGCUCGAUAAGCCGAAACCGAAGCUUUCCCCAUUUUGUCGUGGUUGAGGGUUUAUACGUAGCUAGCUAUGUACGGCAGCCAAUUCGAUGGUAACGCCGCCUUCUCCGGCGGCGGAUUCAUGCCUUCUCAGUCCGUUCAAAAUCCCGACUCUUCAUUCUCUCCCGCCAAGAAUCGUGAUGUUCAAGCUUUGCUUCCCGUGACAGUGAAGCAGAUAAGCACUGCAUUUGUUCCAGGAAGUGAAAAAUCAGAAUUUGUUAUUGAUGGUGUGGAUGUCAACAACGUCAAGCUAGUGGGAAUUGUGAGUAGCAAGGUUGGAAGGAUUACUGAUGUCACUUUUGUGCUUGAUGAUGGGACUGGACGUAUUGAUUGUAACAAGGAGGAGAAUGGCUAGUUUGAGUUUAUCUUCUAUUAAUGAUCAAUCUUUUUUAUUACCAUUAUCGCGAAACAAUAAUGUUGUUAACGGUAACAGUAAUAGUAAUAAAAACAGUAAUAAUAAUCUAUUAUCCUCUU